AGGAAGAAGAAUAUCCGUUAUCCCCCAACCUGGUAAGAGAUGGCUACGAACAGUCCGGGACAGUCGACACAUGCGAAAUCGCCUCGUAGUCCUCGCCAGCUACCGCAAUUGCCGCAAAUCCCGAUCGGCGGGCAGAGAAGCCCCACGCAAUUGUCGGUGAGCAAGUCGCCUGGCACGCCGNNGGUGUUCGAGUUCCCCCCCGAGUAUUACCCGGAAACGCCCAACACGAAUUUCGACUUCGAGGAGUUCGGUCGGUUGAACGAGGCCGAGGCAAGGGGGCAGAGGAGCCCUAGCUACUACCCGCGUCAAGGGUGCAGGAGUCCCAAGAGUCCUAGCGCGCACUCGCCCGGCAGAAAGUCGCCGAUAUUUCAAUUCGUCGAGACCCGUAAGAAUCUCGGCAAGACGAUGAGUUAUCCACCGAGAAGCCCCGCCUGUGGUUCACCCGCCAGUCAUUUUAAUCGCAGUCAAGGGUGUUUGAACGAGGCUGAGAACAGUCGGAGCGAGAGCCAAGAGGACGUUUACGGGAAGAAUGGAAGAAAUAUCUCGAGGAGGUCGACCAGCGACUUGACCGAUAUGGGGGACGCCGACACGGAAGUCACUCUGUUGUCCAGCCCUAGAAGAAGAGGAUCCAUGAAGGGUGGCCUCGCCUAUCUCGCGUCCAGACGCGGCUCCCGCGAUAGCCAGUGCUCCAAUUUGUCGAACGUCAGCAACGAGAGCGUGGGCCCGUUGAAUUUCACAGCGCACCCCCGUGCCAGGCAACGGAGAACUUCUAAUUUCUUGGAAUUACCCGUGCCGGAUCACAUCAGGCCACGAGUGCACAGCCUGCCGGAGAAAGCGUACAAUCCGAGAGCGGGGGAGGAUCUGUACAGAUUGCGGGCAUUCAGCAUCACCCAUAAAGGCGUCGUUAAUCGUGGAGAUUCGAUUAUCUCGAGGCGCAGCAGGAGCAAUACUUCGGUCAACAGUAGCAGAAAUAGCAAUGUCUCGGGUGAAAGAUCGCCGUUCGAAGGUUCCUGUUGCAGCGGGCAAGGCGUCGGCGCGGAUAGCACGGAGAGCGAAGAAAUGGAGGAGGUGUCCAAAUAUCGGGUGGUACUGCUCGGUGAUUCCGGAGUCGGGAAAACAGCCCUCGUCUCCCAAUUCAUGACCAGCGAGUACAUAAACACGUAUGACGCCAGUUUAGAUGACGAGUUCGGCGAGAAGACGGUGUCAAUUUUGUUGGACGGCGAGGAGUCAGAAAUGGUGUUUAUCGAUCAUCCGCACGUGGAGAUGAGCGUCGAGAAUUCUUUGUCCACCUACGAGCCGCACGCCUGCAUCGUUGUGUAUUCUACCGUGUCUCGUACGAGUUUCCAGGUCGCCGAGGAGAUUUUAAACUAUCUGUGGAGGGAGCAUUACACGCAAGAACGAUCCGUGAUCGUGGUCGGCAACAAAUCAGACCUUGCGAGAAGUCGAACGAUCACGGCCAACGAGGGUAAGCAGUUGGCGGCGUCGAGGGAGUGCAAAUUCAUCGAGACGUCCAGCGGUAUCCAGCACAAUGUGGACGAGCUUCUGGUAGGCGUGCUCAAGCAGAUCCGGCUCCGGGAGAAUCGUGACAAGAAGCUGAAACGGCAGGGCAGCAAGAGGAGGAUACUGUCGAAGCUGCACGGUAGUAAGACGGCGCUCAGCCUGAAUCUCGCUAGGGAGAUAUUGAACAAGAUGUGCUUGAACGACAGCAAGAGCAAAAGCUGCGAGAAUCUGCACGUGUUGUAAGGGGGAUGAUAGCGAUUAAAUGGAUCGAUAUUUCGAUUCGUUUCCUAAUGGAUCGCGCGAAUAAUGGGAAGGGAGAGGGCAAAGAUGGAAGAUUGUCGGGAAAAAAACUUUGGUGGCGGAACGUUUUUAGUCGAUGAAAAAUCGGUAAUUUCGUCGUUGAAAAAACUGUGCGGUGGCGAAGUAUCGAAGCAUCGACAUUACAUUAAUGGAAAAGUUGCAUCAUCGAGAUCGGGGUUUCGGAGGUUUAAGAGGAUUUUAUUAAAAUCGUUCGAGCUAAUGGAUGUAGGGAAAUGGCGGAGUUUGAAUUGGACACAGUGUACACAGGAAAUCGGGUUUUUCCGCGGAUAUCGAUUUUCAGCCGCGUUUUUACUCUCAUAACGAAUUCAGGAGCCUAUGCGUGCCACGUCCAGAUCCACGCGCAAACAAGAAAACUUUCACCAAUCCCUCUCUCUGAUCGAAUAAUAUUUGCUUGGCUCCGGAAUGGUGCCAACCGAGUGGAUAAACCGUUUCUAAAAUUGAAGAAAAUUGGCGCGAACGAAUUCCAGCCGAAUUUCCAACGGAUCGAUAUUUCUUCAUAGUAAUAAUUAUUUAUCUCUUGAUCACGUUGAACUCUGCAAUUGGAGUUCAAAGAAUGUUAAACGUCAGAUAAACGAACGAAAAGUAAGGAGGCAUAAUAAUCGUCUUAAGAAUCUAAUAAAUCGAUCGAUUAAAAAGAAUUCGUUAGUUUCGCAAAUUUUUAUCAAAUUAGAAUCGAAGACGAAUGGGAUGAGAAAUUAAUCGUGGAAGCAGAAAUAAAUUUGGCGCGUCCCGUGCGCGAUUCGAUUAUUUAUUAGAACUUAAUGAGUAACACGUGUCCUCGUAUCUCGUGUUGCAACCGGUUCUUCUGUUGUGACGCUGGCUUUAUAUACUGGGUGAUUCCUCGCGAAAACGAUCGAUACGCUUGCCCCACAAGUUGGGGUGGGAAAAGUACCGAAGCACGGUAUUUUAUGGGCUUGAAGGUGUUAAAAGAACUUCAAGGUUUAUCACUCACACUUUCUAUGUCUUCUAUGCCUUUCGGAAUAACUUAUCGAUCGCAAUCUUUCCUAUCGUUUCUAAUUAAAGAAAACACACGCAGAUAUAUACAUUUCUUAUUUUCUCGAAAUUCAAAUUUCAAAGAAAAAUUUCGCGUAUUAAUUUCGCGUUUUAUAUGAUAAAAUUUGCACGGAUGUGAUGUAUUCGAGAUGAUUCGUAAAAUAUCAAUACGAUCGCGUUUUCCGUUUUACAUUGUGAUUUGUGGAGAAUUCCUGCGCGGAAAUGAAGAGAGAAAGAAUGAAUUUUCCGAUAAUUGCGGUUACGCAGUCUCGAUUAAACGAUUUCUAUUAACGGAGAUAAAAACGAGCGGAUCGUGGUCUGCUUUCGAAACGAAUUGAUUCGCGUCAAAGCGAAACUUAUCCACGGAAUCGUUCCUCGUCUGGCUCGAUUUUCAAAGCGAUUACGUUUGCCAAGAGAUCGAGACUUUAAUCCCCGUAAUCCCCGUGAUCCAUGAUUAAUUAAAUUAGCUGAGUAAGUGGAAAAAAAAAAAAAACAAAGAUGCUCUUCCAUAGAUGCAAACUUUGUUUCUGAUUGAAAUAUUGAAAUUUCGCUUUGAGAAGAGAAUCGAAGCAUCUAGUUCAUCUCGCUGGACGCUGGUUUCGUCCAAUUCGAGCGACGCUGGACGUCCAAAACGUUUCUUAUUAUUAUACGACAUUAUGUAUAGAUAUAAGGUAAUAUUAAUACUUAAACGAUUAUAUAUAUAUGGAAUAAGUUGUUUUCUAAGAAUUCCUGCAUCAUUCUGGAAGUCUUGACUCGAGAAUUCUUGUAAUUUUCCGCGAUUAAAAAUAGAGGGCAGCUUUGAUCAAAAAUAAAUUUAGCGGGUGAUCCAUCUUCGAUGUAUUUUUAAUUUGUCUUCCACAAUCACAGGAAGACGCGCAUUCGAUUUUCGUUGUUCCGUUGUCCCUCCCACGAAACAAAGAUGGUUUGGCCGCGAAAACUGGUGUCACGUGUUUAGAAAAGUAUCGAUAGGAUCGUCGAAACGAAAAAGAAAAAGAAAAAGAAAAA